AUGGAUCGGACAAUCGCGCGUGCGGUGACGGAUAAGAAGCCGGUCCCGGAGAUCGACUUCUCGUUACAUACCAUGGAAGAUGGCACCCAGGUGUCCACCAUGGAGCGAGUAGUGAAGGAGGUGCAAGCGCCGGCGUUGACCACCCCGACGGACGAGCAGUUCUGGUCCCCCGAAGACCCCUCCAAGCCGAAUCUCCAAUUUCUGAAACAGCAUUUCUAUCGAGAAGGUCGUCUCACGGAGGACCAGGCGCUAUGGAUCAUACAGGCGGGAUCGCAGAUCCUGAGAUCGGAACCCAAUCUGCUGGAGAUGGAUGCGCCCAUCACCGUGUGUGGCGAUGUCCACGGCCAAUACUAUGAUCUGAUGAAGCUUUUCGAAGUCGGCGGUGACCCGUCCGAGACACGGUAUCUGUUCCUGGGUGAUUAUGUGGAUCGAGGUUAUUUCAGUAUCGAGUGUGUACUUUACCUUUGGGCUUUGAAGAUCUGGUACCCCAACACUUUGUGGCUGCUGCGGGGCAACCACGAGUGCAGGCAUUUGACCGACUACUUCACCUUCAAGCUGGAGUGUAAGCACAAGUACAGCGACCGUAUCUACGAAGCCUGCAUCGAUUCGUUCUGCUCGUUGCCGCUGGCUGCGGUGAUGAACAAGCAAUUCCUCUGUAUCCACGGAGGAUUGAGUCCCGAGCUACACACCCUAGAGGAUAUCAAGGCGAUCGACCGCUUCAGGGAGCCCCCGACUCAUGGGCUGAUGUGCGAUAUUCUUUGGGCCGACCCUCUCGAGGAAUUCGGACAGGAGAAAACCGGUGACUACUUCGUCCACAACAGCGUUCGCGGAUGCUCCUAUUUCUUCUCCUACCCCGCCGCCUGCGCUUUCCUGGAAAAGAACAACCUGCUUUCCAUCAUCCGAGCUCACGAAGCGCAAGACGCUGGAUACCGCAUGUACCGAAAGACCAGAACGACCGGGUUCCCUAGUGUCAUGACUAUCUUCAGUGCUCCGAACUACCUGGAUGUUUACAACAACAAAGCCGCCGUCCUGAAAUACGAGAACAACGUGAUGAACAUUCGUCAAUUCAACUGCACUCCUCACCCGUACUGGCUGCCGAACUUCAUGGACGUGUUCACCUGGUCGCUUCCCUUCGUCGGAGAGAAGAUCACCGACAUGCUCAUGGCCAUCCUGAACACCUGCUCCAAGGAGGAACUCGAGGACGACACUCCUACCUCUGCCACCGGCCCCUCCUCCCCUCCCCUUCCCAUGGACACGGAGAGCAGCGAGUUCAAGCGCCGGGCCAUCAAGAACAAGAUCCUUGCCAUCGGUCGUAUAUCUCGUGUCUUCCAGGUGUUGCGAGAAGAAUCGGAGCGAGUCACGGAACUCAAGACCGCUGCUGGAGGUCGUCUUCCGGCGGGUACUUUGAUGCUCGGAGCCGAGGGUAUCAAACAAGCCAUCACCAAUUUCGAGGACGCCCGUAAGGUCGACUUGCAGAACGAACGCUUGCCCCCGAGCUCCGAGGAGGUGUACAGGCGGAGUGAGGCGGAGAGGAACGCUGCGCUCGAGCGUGCUCAGCGCGAGGCCGACAACGACGCUGGAUUGGCCACCGUGGCUAGGCGUAUUAGCAUGUCGGCUGGCUCCGGUAGAAGCCGUCGGCAACGUGAUGCUGCCAAGGAGGAGCGAGAAGCAUAA